CCCAAGUUUAAGUUACGAAAAAUCAAGAAUCACUCCAAUUGGCGGAUACGAAUGCAAACGGAGCCACGUAAUACACGCGCGGAGAGACAAGAGUGUCGCAAACUCGUUGGACACAGUCUCUGCAUCUCUCUCUCUUGCUAACCUAAAGGAAAUCUGUAGUUUUUGUUUGUGCAGAGAGGGAAUUUGAUUUCUGGGUCGAAUUGAUUUGGGAGAGAAACGAUGGCCGCACCACCAGCAAGGGCUCGUGCUGAUUAUGAUUACUUGAUUAAGCUUCUCUUGAUUGGGGAUAGCGGUGUCGGGAAGAGUUGUCUGCUACUGCGCUUCUCUGACGGUUCCUUCACAACCAGUUUCAUUACCACAAUUGGUAUUGACUUUAAAAUUAGAACAAUCGAGCUUGAUGGUAAACGUAUUAAAUUGCAAAUCUGGGAUACAGCAGGUCAGGAGCGUUUUCGAACUAUCACAACAGCGUAUUACCGUGGAGCCAUGGGGAUUUUGCUGGUGUAUGAUGUCACUGAUGAAUCAUCUUUUAACAAUAUCAGGAACUGGAUUCGCAAUAUUGAGCAACAUGCUUCUGACAAUGUCAACAAAAUACUGGUGGGAAACAAGGCAGACAUGGAUGAAAGUAAAAGGGCUGUGCCUACAUCCAAGGGUCAAGCACUUGCUGAUGAGUAUGGUAUCAAAUUCUUCGAAACUAGUGCAAAAACAAAUUUGAAUGUGGAGGAGGUUUUCUUUUCAAUUGCAAGGGAUAUCAAGAAAAGGCUUGCAGAAACUGAUUCCAAGGCUGAGCCUCAAACAAUCAAGAUUAACCAACCAGACCAAGCAGCCAGUGGAGGCCAAGCAGCUCAAAAGUCUGCUUGUUGUGGUUCAUAAAGUGGAAUCCAAGCAACAGACUGAGGGGGAAGGUUAUGCCAGUGACAUCCAUUGGAGUCAAAUUAAUUCUGAUGAAAUUGUGCUACUUGUGCCCUUGUUAUUUUUCCCAUUUACCAAGCUUAGUGUGUUUAAGGCAGUAUUUUAUUUGCUUAAUAUUUGGAAUUUACUAUAACACCCUUUUCCCUUCCUUUUCCUUUCGGGGCUUAAACUCAUUGCCUAGUCUUUGAUGUAGAUAGAUAAUUGUUAUUUAGCUCAUUUCUUCUGAUA